AUAACUUUCGGUCUUUUGUCUCGUUUUUCGCAUUCCGUCAAAAAGAAGACUUGUGUGAAGUGAUAAAUAAAAAAACAAAAUGACUUCAACACCAUUCAACGUUGGCCUCAAUGACGGAGCUCGUCUAUCAAGCAGGGUGCUCCGCCCCCCUGGUGGUGGUCACACUAACAUCUUCGACUCCGAACCGGAGCCACCGAGGACCGGACGCCGUGCCGUUCCACCAAGCGCAACGAGCACUUUCAGCCACGGACAAGGAGACGAGCCGAAAGCGACCAACGGCACUUCAGUAGCGACCAACGGUCAGUCCACUCCUAAGGAGAGUCCGGAGCCACAGAUCCAGCAGGAGGCCCCUGCUGCAGCAGAGCGCGCUCCCAAAGCCGACAGUCCAGUCCGAGCGGCCCCGGAGCAGCCCCGGGCCGAAGCCCCAAAGCGCGUCCGGGUCCCCCCCGGCGGGUUCUCCUCGGGCUUGUGGUAAACCGAACCGCACCCGUUGGCUGUGAGUCUGUACAAUCAAAUCUUCGAUUUUCAUUUAACUCACAUUAUGUCACAAAUAUGUAUCGAGGCUAAGUUUUUCUUGAGGUACGCUUCCGGUUGCCCUUUUAAAAUUCUGCAAUUGUGAUCAAAGAUGCUCAAAACAAUGUGUGUUUCCGAUUUUGCCUUUUGAAAUGAUCAAUGUUGUAUUGUCUGCUAGUGAUGCUAGAAUUGGUUGUAUUCGCUCAUAGUUUAACCAACUAAGUUUAAAAAUCUCAGUCACGCGAGCUGCCCGUCUUCCUAUUUUACUUUCGCCUAAAGCAAUUUGUUUUAAAUUUUAAAGCUAGGAGGGUAAGGUUGUGAUUGUGACUAGAUUUUUGUAACGUUUCGCUCUAAGCCUCGCCGGGACCAGCGCUGGGUUUGGAACAUGUUAUGAAAUGUGCCUUUGUUUAAAUGAUUUUGGUUACUGAGGGUUUUGACUGGUCCUUGGGCUCUGUUGCUGAUAGGACGUGUAGCGACUCGACCUUGCUUGCUUGAUGCAGUAUUUUACCCACAAUCUCGAUAUGUGUACCAAGUUUUACAUGAAACUUAUUAUAAAGUACGCAAUACACGUGUUUGAUUACUGUUUGUUGAUAGCGGUCACUACUUAGGGUCAAAGUUGAUUCAAAACUGAGAGUAAUUGAAUGGAUUUGAAGAUGUUGUGUGAUGGUGUGGCGUCGCUCGCAUACUCUAUGUUCUAAUUAUUUACUGGGAACACUUUUAAUUAGUAUUUUUGUCAUUAAAUAGGAGAUUAUUUAAAAUUGCAUUAUAUUUUAGCUUUUUUAUUAUCUUCGCUCACUUGUGUUUAAUUUUUAGGUUUUUUUUUGUCUAUGUCACAAUAUUUUCAACUAAAGACUAUUUCGGCCAAAUUUAACUGAUAGCAAACAUUUUAAUAUUACAAUUUUAAAUCCCAAGUUUGUAUUCUUUUUUUCAAUUCUUCAUUUUGAGAUUUUUGUUUUUUAUCAUAAUGUAAAUUGUAGCUUUUGUAAAACAGACUGAAAUGUAUGUGCCUGUUUCAAAAACUGUGUUGUACUUAAAUUUGAAGCAUUUGAUGUUUUGCAUACUUGGUGUUUCUGCCUACUCCGGCAAAAGCGAUUUUAUGUAUAAUGAAUAAAACAAUAAUGAUUGUAUUUUUAUAUGAAUUACAAUACAAUUCGAA